CCCGGGUUGCCCUCUUUUGUGUGUGUGUGUGUGUGUUUGUGUGUGUGUGAGAGAAAGACUACCGGCAGAAGGUACCACAUAUUUUCAAUAUCGGAAGUUAACUUCUCUUAUCCAACAACAAAACACAAGAUACAAAACAUUGCUUUGUUUUCUAGACGUAUACUGGAUCAGCUGUUGACAGAGGGGAUCGCCGAGCUAUGUCUUGCCGUCUGUACGAAGGAAAGGAACAAGCUUCAUCCUACUGGAAGUACAGGAUCGCUCCAUCAGAUCAUCUAAUACAACAGGUGCUCAACUUCCUGGAAAAGCAGAUGGAUCAACCGUUUGAGCUGGCAGUGGAUGUUGGUUGCGGCUCAGGUCAGGGCACACUGCUGCUGGCCAAAUAUUUUGCCUCCGUGGUGGGAACAGAUGUUAGUCCUGCGCAGCUGGAAAUGGCUACGCAGCACACCCAAGAGCCGAACAUCACUUACAGACGGUGCGUGGCCGAAGACCUGCCGUUCGCCGACGGCUCGGCGGACUUGGUGACGGCCAUGUCGGCCUUCCACUGGUUCGACCGACCUCGCUUUCUCCAGGAGGCCCACAGAAUCCUGAAGCCCCGUGGCUGCUUGGCUCUGCUCAACUACACCAUGGACAUGCGGCUCAGCUCUCCCGACCGCUGCUCGGACUCACUCAACCGAGUCUGCAACCAGUUCUAUGCAGCCCUGCAUCCUUACCGCAGUGCCAAGCUCGGUCCCAGCUCUAUUGAGUUUUACCGCGAGGCCCAUGGAUCCAUCCCUUACCCUGACAAGGAGUGGCACGAGUGUGUGUGGGUGGAAAGGCCCAUGCCUCUGUCCAGUUACAUGGGGUUGGUGGAGUCCUUCUCCAGCUAUCAGGCGCUGCUGAAGGAGGACCCGCAGAAAGCCACGGCACUCUCUCAAGACGUGUGUCAAAGGUUGAUGUCCAUCAUGAGGGUGACCUCUGUGGAGACGGAGGUGGUGGUGGCUGUGAAGUAUUUUUACCUCCUGGCCUGCAAACCGCAGGAAGCCUGACGUUUCGACAAAGUCCUGGAGAACCUUGCACUACCACCCAGUCUUUUGUCAACUUGUUCUGCGCUAAGGUUUUCUCUUCUUAAGUAUUUCUCAAUACAAGACGAGUUAGCUUGUUAGAUGUUUGCUACUGGUGUAAAUGCUGUUUUGUUUUAUUUGACAUGUUUUUACUUCCAUGAGAGUAGACAACAUCUAACUCUCAGCUUUCUGAAAAUAUUGCUUUUGAUUUACACAAAGGUAAGUUGUCCAGAUGAUCAACUGUUUCUAUAUAACAAAACAAGUUUUCACUUUAACAUUGAGUGUUUUUCUAAAGUACACAGAACAUCAUUGAGUGAUGCCUUCUCAUGCAUUAGCUACACUUGAAUAUUGUAAAUGAUCUACUUAGUGUGUAAUUGGUCAAUUGCAAUGGCUCAGUGUGAACAAUGUUUAGUAGAGUAGUAUUUGAAAGGUUGUACCACUAGAGGGAGCCAUGUGUUUAAUAGUGAUGAUUGGCAGUCUUCUUAUAUAGAUAUAUAUGUAUAAACGUAUCCACUCAGUACCCGGUGUUACGGAUUAACAGGCUACCCUGUUAACUGGCGACUUCAGCCGAAUACGUCCGUUGUUGUCGUGGUUACGACGGCCGUUAGAAAAAUAGGAUAGAGAACACGUAUAGAGCGUAUUCACGUGACGUCAGCAUUUCAAUCGCGCCAUCUUGGGGUCCACUUAUUAAAUGUCAGAAGAAGUUGACCUGGC